AUGACUCGUUCAGCUUCGGAAUCGAGAAUUGUUGCUAACAGGUGCGUUCUCCUUUUUUAUCAAUCUUCUCCAAUUAUGAAAAUUUUCAGUUCUAAACCCUUGAGAUAGACUCGCUACUGUUUUUCUUAUGAAUUACCAAUUGUCAAUGAUUUUUUUGCCUGUAAAACUCUUUUUUCGAAACUAAAAAGCUGAUUCAUCCUUUCAGCCACUUAUGCUGGUUAAUUUUCAAAGACAUUUUCAAAAACUCUGGAGUGCAAAUUAAAUGAAACUUGAUUGUAAAUGAGCCGCAAAUUCGCCAAAAAAAUUAAUUAGAAACAAAUUAUGAUGGGGUUUUCCUCAAAGAAACUGAACAAUCAUCAGAACGCGAGAAAAGUUGCUUCCUUUUUUUUAGAAGGAAAGAUUUUGCGCGAGAAAACCAAACAGUCAAAUUUUUGGACUCAAGAAAUGAAAUUUUAAUGCCGGAAUUCGAACAUACAAAUAUGAAAAACUCAUAAAAAAAUUGUUUGUUGACUGCCUCUACAAAAACUUUCACUUUGAAAAUACUGAAAGUGCCCUCAGUUAAAAUCGAAAUUCAUGGAAAAACUUGAGAAAAUAAGUUGCCGUACAUACUUUUUUUACUUUUUUUUAUACUUUUUUUGUUACUUUUUUUUUUUUUUGUUAGGAACUUUUUCUCAUGAUUUUUAUAUUCCAAGAACGGUUAGAAAUAAUAUUACAUGAUCAAUACAGAUGUUCCGUCGUAUUUUUGUCCAAACCUUGAGAUGAAUCGAGUACAAUUUUGAGUGCAGAACAAAAGAUCGUUUCGGAUGAAAAAAGUUCAUCUCUGUGACUCAUUGGCUACGGUAUUCCUUCUCGAAGGGAUCACGCUGUUUAUAGAACGACGCGAGAACAUGUGUCGGCUUCUCCUUUUCAACUGCGCGAAACGUUGAUUCGAGACAAAAAGCGCAGCCAGGUGCCUUUUCCGUCGCGCCGACGUCUCUUUGUCUCUUAAAAGUUGCUUUCGGCCUGAACACGUGUGUAAUUGAGCUCUUAGGUUAGGUAUUGGACUUUUUCUCUUUUCAGGGAUCUUCGAUAAGUUCUAGAAGAUUUAACGGAAAUUAAUGACCGAGAAUUUUAGAUGGAAUUUUUCAGUAAAUAAAAAAUUCUUAACUGUCCAUAAACAUCGACUUCAAAAAGGUGUAUGACUGUUACGAAGUUUAUAAAAUCUCAAGAACUUUUAGGUUUGGUCCAAUCUUUUCUUGUUUUCAGAAGAGAGCGAAGACGAGUGGCUGAAAUUUCCAGGAUGUUCAGCUUGCUUCAGGAGCUUAUUUAUCCGAACUAUCCUUAUCGAAUUCGUUUCACCCGAGUGGCUAUCCUCAAGUAAGUCGGCCUAAAGAGGGAGGUCACUGUACUGUAAAUUUUUCUUUUUGAGCGGGCCAAAAAUUGCUGCUUGAAGAUGCUUGGUAGUCGUUCCUUGCGUAGACUUUCAACUUUCUAUACAAGUUUUCAAAUUUUGAAUUCAAUAUCCGAAAUCGAUUUAAAAAAAAAGGAUUCUAAAAAUGCAUACGACAAAAUUAAUUUUGGAACAGGUAGCAACAACAAGAAAUGUUUUUUCACGCUUUUUAGCAAUUCUACGGAAGUUUCCGUAUAAGAUGCAAAAUAUGUUUCCUUCAGGAGAUAAUAAAGUUUUCGAACUUUCAGACUUGCUACCGAGCACAUCCAGAAGUUGAUGUUCAUGCUCGAUCCUUCCUACAAACCAGAAGAAAACGAGAUGCUCGACUGCUAA